AGAAAGCAAAGUUCUCGGGGUGUUUGCCGCAGCCAAAGUCAAGUUGAAGCAGUGUUAACAUCUAAUUCAAAACCAAAGUAAGUACAAUUCACGUUAAAAGUUCGUUUAUUUGCUAGCUAUAGCUUGCAUUAGAGAUGUGAACGAAUUUCCAUUCGAAACCAAGAAAAAAAGUUUUCUUUCAGAACGAUCAUGAUAAUUUAUUCUUUUUAUGCCUGUGCACGCAAACUCGAGGUAAAAUCGUAACUGCCGGAAACUGUCCAAGUUUAAUUUCACUCGUCUGGUAAGUUGCUUCUUUCCGGCAAUGAACUCUUUUUUGAACAUGGUGACCCAAGUUUGAAAUAUAUACAUGACAAAAAACUUCUACGGCCAUGACACCGAAGUAGCAUGAUUUGUUUUCGUGUAAAUAGUACCGAAAGUUAUAUAAUUGAAGAAAAACAAAUUUUCUCAGUGCUGACGCUCUGAAUUAUUUCCACAUUCGCACAGAAGUAAACUGGACUGACGGAUGGGGUUGUUUGCAAACAGAACUUUAAUUCUUUUUGAGAAUUUUUAAAAACUGCAUUUUUUUUCAGCUAAGCGACAUCUGGUCAAUUGAAACAAAGUGAGGUUGUUUUGGAGUUGCCAUAACUUUCCUGUGACUAAAGUAAUUUGUUUAAUUCACUGGUUUUAAUUUACAGCUGCCACCCCAGAGAAUGUUUUACAAAAAAUUUCCUAAUCAAUCUUUAACACUGCAAUUUCUCAAGAUAUUCGUGACUCAAGAACCCCUUUUCUUCACACUGUCUUGUUCGUCCGUUGUAAUCUUUUUUUAAUAAUGGCGCAGAUGAGAUCUGCAAUGCCAAAUGUCACCUAACUUUUACUUGGUUCAAUGUUAUUUAAAAAACUUUUUAUUUAUAUCUUUGUUUUAUCGUCCUGCUAUUUUCACGAUGAAAACCAUGUUCAACCAACCUUACGCAACCCGGCUCGUGUCAAGAAAAAUCGUGAUCAGUCAAAAUUUAUAAAAACUUUCUAAUACCCUCUCCUGUUAGGACAGAUCAAGAUAAGAAUACUUAAAUAAUAAUAUUUUGAGUGGCAAAUCUUCAUUAAUUAUUGGAGAAAAAAAUCAACCAAAUCCGGCGAAAAAAAAAAAGACAAGCUUAGAAUGUUACACAAUAUCACGUCGCGUGGAAUGGCUAUUUGUAAGGGAUCAAAUUAAAAAAUAAUAAUUUCAAUUAUCAGUGCUAAAGGUUCAUCACGUUUUUCAAUUUGUGCCGAGAGGGUCAAGAGUUCCACUUUUACAUUAAAGGAAGUGUACGCUGAUGUCUCAGAGAGGCCUCCUCAGCCCUAAUUCUGCUGCGCGAUUUUUUUUGGGAGAAUUGCGUGACAUUGCAAUUGAGACUCAAGAAAUCACGCUCAUUUACACAAGGAAGAGUAAAGCGAUUUUAAAUUGCUUUAGGGGUGUGAUCAACAGUGGAGUGAAGCAUUGGUCUUAGAUUUUCAUUAAAACAGUCUUUAAUGCGACGGUUUAUUUUUCCAUCGGUCGAUGAAUUUUACAUUAGCCACCUAACUUGCGUGACACAAAUUGUACCCCUUUCUUUCUAGAAAAUUAAGGUUCCACUCUUACUCUCGGUUUAAAAUAAAUAACUUUAGCAUCACGGAAAUAGACAAUUUGCCUUGUUAACAAUCGCACGAUGUCCUUUCUCCAAAGUUUCUCCAAACCCUUAAUAGGCAAACAAAGAGAGACAGAUCUUCGCUCUGUAGAUAUGGAAGUCGGUUUUUUGUUUUCUUAAUUUAAGUGACCGGUUUCUUAUUUCUCCUAACAGCUUCACUGCUCAACAAAAAAUUCAUGAUAAUUUAUGAGUCAUAAAUUCUCAUGAAGAGAUUCUCUCUUGAAGAGAUCAUCAAGUUAAGAAGCUCUAGAUUGUUUUCCAAAUUCUCCUUACCAGUAUGAUGGGAAAUGUAUGGAGACCAGUACGGAGAAUAUGCAUGCCGAUGUUAGGGUGUAAAGGGUUUGAAAUAAAUGUUGGGAUGCUGACUGAAACAUCAAAUGAGAGUGCUCUCUCUCUCUCUCUCUCUCUCUCUUAGGACAAGAAUGGAAAAACAGAUCCUGCCACAAAUUUUCAAAGGAAUUUUAUUCAUAAACGUAUUAAUUGGUAAGUAGGGAAAAUCAAAGCUUCUUAUUUCUAGUUAACCAGCAACAGUGAAAGAUAUAGCUACCAACCGUCUCUGUUCUUCGAUAUAUUCAGUAUUUAAACAAAAAUACUUUCACUCAACUCCACUCUAUUUCUUUAUCUUUUCUUCAGCAAGAGUCAAAGUUGCCGCAAUUUCUUGCCCUAGUCCCCCGAUGACAUAUGCUUCGGAAGGCGAUAACGUCACCUUGUGCUGGCGAAUUGUAGCCAACUCUAGUAUUGUGAGCCGCUAUUAUGUUAGGGCCCUGUCAAGGCCAGUCGAGUCUGUAAUGGAUCCGGUCGGCUCUGCAAAUGGGACUGGAUAUUUUGAAAAGGUGUACCCUAGGAAGCAUGACGGAAAUUACGUCAACAGAGCCACUGUAAUUGCCGAUUUAUCCGCCGGAAUGGUGUAUCUCAAGAUUACGAACUACACGAAAAAGAUGGACAAUGUGUACUGUGUGCAUUACCAAUCCCGGUUGGGCAUGAAUGACUUAACACCAUGCCAUUCUCAAGCGCUGUUAUUGCGAAAUAUUGGUGAGUACGUAUACCUAAAAUGCGAAUAUGCUGGCUUGUAACGCUUUUCCUCAUCUGAGCGUAUUUGCUCAUCGAUAACUUACCUGUCCAUAUUGAAGUUGUCCAAGGCGAAGCGGUUUAUCGAAGCAAGUGAUUUCGGGUGCACUGUGAUGGCGUAAAGCAGAGUGCAGGUCGAUAUUCCUGUUAUGUUACUUUAUUCUGUUUAGCCGUAAAGGUCUUUCGAUCUCGCCAUUUAAGCAUCAUUUACAAAGAAUGUUGUUAGCCACGCUAUCGUGUCUAGCCCGGUUGACAACAUUUUUGUACCGUUUCAGGUUUGAUAACAGUGUAGUCUCUGAUCGACUUGGAAACGGUGUGUAGGCCCCGUUGGAUCUUGUUGUUGUGGGUGUGACAAAGUUAUUCGGCCAAAUCAGAACUUUGACAUUAGGCAACUGAACGCUGUAUGGACGGGUUUUUCUUUUUUCUUUUUUUUCGAUUGCGGCAAAAACGAUCGGAUAAGCUUGACUGAUUACAUAUCUGCGAGGUUCUUAAGUUAUUUGUCCAUGUUCAUUAGAGCAAAGGAAAUUUCAAAUGAAGAUAACGAGACCUAAAAGUGAAAAAAAAAAUUAAAAUGCAAACUGUCUCGAUUUCUGGUUUCUGUUGAAAUCUGUCUGCAGACCUCCGUGAAGUCCCAUUACAAACCACCACAAUGAUGGCAACAGAAACCACGACCAAAUCUACCACGGGCAAAACAGUAAGUAGUCCUGCUACUGAGAUGAGCACAGCAACACCAGAAGCAACUACUAAAGGUGGGUGGAUAUGAACUGUUCUUUAAGUCAGGUUACUCCCCGCUGUGCUAUGCGCGAGAUCCUUUGAAAGACAAGUAUGCAAAGUCGUGCGCACGUAUUAAACGGCCCAAACCACGUAAUCAAGGUUACCCCAGUUACAGUUGCAAGAAGGUGUUAGAGGUCUACUGUUAACUCCUCUUCUCAUCGCCCCACCCUCCCCCCCCCCCUUUACCCUAACGGAGUUAAUCAAGGAGACUUUCAUUUCCUGGAAUUCUCUGGCCGCAAGAGAGAGUAUCCAAGAGAAGUCUCGAGGCGGAUUUUAUACGUUUAAUAAACACAAUUGAGGUUACAAGGUCUUCGCAGGUUCGCGAGUGAAGGUUAAGAGAACUGACAACGCUUCGGUUUUACGAAAAUAAUUGGGAGUGUAUUUCCGGACACGUUUCAUACUUCUGUAGUCAAAACUUAGAUUACACGAUUGCGUAAUGUGAGUCCCAGUCCCCGACAACUAGUUAUGAAAGUCAGCAGUAAUAAUGAAAAGUGAGUUGCACUCUUCAUUUCAUCAUAAAUUGGAAGGUUGUCUUUUUUUGAAAAAAAAAAGAACCAUGAAUCAUUGACAGGAGAAAUUUUUAAGGUUCGGCAAUUUAGAAAACACGAGAAAGACGAUAACGCGCUUCAACUGAGGAAUAUGGAAAGUUGAAGAUGACGCGGAUAAUCAACACUGAUAAACUAAACAGCACAGGCCUCAUUUACUAUCAAGUUGUUCAUCUCUUUGCUAAAUUAUUUUUUUCCACUUUUCAGGUCCAAUCCCUACCAUGGCUCCUUCUUCAAGGACUGCAUUGAUAGUUAUGAGCUGUUUGUUUGGUGUUGCCCUCAUUGGUGCAAUUGUUUGCUUCCUUCUGUUUUGCAAGGCAAGGAAACAAGCUAACCAUAUUCCCGUCAAAACGAACUGCGCGGCUGAGCAGCUUUAA